AUGGGGAGACCCACCGGCCAGCCAAGCCCGCAAGUGAGUCGGAAGCGAAGUCAGGGAGUAGCCACGAGCAGGGGCUCAAGCGGCUUGGCUUGGACCGAUAGGGGCAUGUGUGUGCCACUCCCCUUCCAUGUCACUAGUGGUCAGCCAGCUGUGGGGCAAGGAGUGGUUGCACAUGUGAGAGUAGUGACUUUGCUUAUAAAGCUAAUAUUACUAUAUAUUCGCCUGAAAAAUUAGCGCACAACCAAUGUGGGACUAAACCCGCAUCACACCUUCUUGAGAGGCGGGCGAUCGGCAAGGGUUCGAAUCCUCCAAGAGUCAAAAUUCAUAUAUUUUUAUCUGAUUAUCGCAACUUUCUUAUAGAUCGCCGGUGAAGGAUUAAGCAACGAGAAUCAUUGGAUCAUCGGCAAAAAUCUCAUCAACGUGAUUUGCGGAGCAUUGCUACUAAAAUAGCUGAACGAUUCGUGAUAAAAGGAUCGCAAUCCAUUGAGUAAAUCAUCUCUAAUUGAUCGACGAACAAGCCGUCGUUAGAAAGAGGACGAUCCACCGGGAGACGAGUCACCACCUCUUGAGAGCGUACCAGAUGCGAUGAAGAGCCUCCUCUUGCUGCACGGACCUGAGGAUGAAGCUCUCUAACAUGCGCCUCACCUCCAUCCAGCUCCUCUCCAUUGAGUGACAGCCGCCAGAGAGCCGCAAAGUCACCGUUUUUCUGCUCCACUGAGUGACAGUUGCCAUAGAUGAUUUGAUGACCCACUUCAUUGAUCUCUAGACUUCGCGAGAAGAUCUAAAGAUUGCCUACGUCAUCUUUGUCUAAAGAGAGCCUUCGAGGCUGUGGACAUUGCACAACGAUCCUCCCGAACGCUUAGGAUUUUGGUGCAUCGCCAAUGCAUCACCGUCGCGAUGCUGGAACUCUAUUUUACUUCUUUCAAUUUACUUUACACUUCAUUUAGUGAUAAUUUUUGUGUUUUUAAGUUACCAAAAUAUACUUUGUUCAAUUACGAUUCUUCUGGCUUUUACAUAUCUUAAUUUGAUUAAUUAAAUCAUUUGUAAUCGCUUACGUAAGAAUCACCAGACGGAACUCUGUUUCUGCCCAAUUUGCAUCCGUCGGGCACUGACAUCAUCCCGACAUUUGCACCCUUAUUUCCUUUUUUUUCGUGAAUUUUAAAUAUAUUUCCUUUUUAUUUUCUACUAUAAAAUUUAUAGAAAAUUGUAUUCAUUGAGAAAAAUUCUGAAUAAUUACUAGAUAUUAUAUUACAUCCCUGUGAUCGACUUGGAAAAUUACUGCUAUUUUUGGAAGUUUUGUUGAAUUAUAAUUGAUAGAUUUAUUUAGAAAUACUUCUAAAUAUCUGAAAAUUCAUAUUUUCUAGUUUUAUAAAUUUUAUAUUUGCAUGAUUUAAUAUACAACGACUGAGUCACGUUAGUUGUUUAAUCAUCUCCGACGGCUGUCACUUGGUGGAGUGGAAAAAUGACAACUUUGCGGCUCUCUGGCGGCUAUCACCCGACAAAGAGGAGCUAGAUGGAGGUGGGGUGCGUGUUAAGGAGCUUCAUCCUCAAGUCUGCGCAGCAAGAGGAUGCUCUUCAUCGCAUCUGGUAUGCUCUCAGGAGGUGGCAACUCAUCUCCUGGCAGAUCGUCCUCUUCCUAACGACGGCUUGUUCGUCAAUCAAUCAAAGAUGAUUUACUCGAUGGAUUGUGAUCCUUUUAUCACGAAUCGUUCAACAAUUUUAGUAGCAAUGCUCCACGAAUCACGUUGACGAGAUUUUCACCGAUAAUCUAGCGAUUCUUGUUGCUUAAUCCUUCACCGGCGAUCUGCAGGAAAGUCGCGAUAAUCAGAUAAAAAUAUAUGAAUUUUGACUUUGGAAGGAUUUGAACCCUCACCGGUCGCCCGCCUCUGAGGAAGAUGUGAUGUGGGUUUAGUCCCACAUCGAUUGUGUGCUGAUUUUUCAGGCGAAUAUAUAGUAAUGUUAGUUUUAUAAGCAAAGUCACUACUCUCGCAUGUACGACCACUCCUUGCCCCACAACCAGUUGGCCACCAGUGACGUGGAAGGAGAGUGGCGCACACGUGCCCCUAUCAAUCUAA